CUUCUUUGUUUUUGUUAAGUAAAUAAUAAAAGAGACGAGUUUCCUUGUACGAUAUGGUUUGUGAUUUUUAUGAAUAUAAAUACAAAAAAGUUUGAUUAACAACCAAAAAUAAUCAUUAAAAAUUAAUGUGGUUUUGAUUUUCAUCUUCUUUGAUAAAGUCGCCUGCCUUCGCAGCCACUGUUUCUUCUUCUUUGAGCUUUUUCUGAAAAUUCUCCCUAAUUUUUCUUGUUCAACACAAAACCUCAACAGCUUCCCAGGCACCAGUAAGGAUUUUAAGGACUUAGGAACUCAGUAAUCUGCCACCUGUCGAAAACUUUGUUUAACCAUCGAAAGAAUGGGUUGCUGCUGCUGUUGUUUCCCGACUCUACCUGAAAGCGCAAGAACUAUAGACGAGCAUGUUCCUUUAUCUCGUGCCCCUACUUCCUCUGUAGUACCUACGGAAGCAGUAAACAGAAAUUUAGCCUCUAAUCUAUACACUGCACCUCUUCAGCCUCCUCUUCCUGUAUCAUUCUCCCCAAGAAAUCCAUCGAAAUUGCCAUUAACUCAGAGUAAUUCGAGCCAAGUAGCGGCUCGUGAAGUCGCAACACAAAGUGUUCUAGAAAAGGUUCCAACACAGAGUAGUGUUCAAGGAAAGGAAACAUGGCCUGCUGAUGAUUUUGCUGAUGUUGACCUUAAGAAAAAGAAUCGAGAAACCAUAGACGAGUGUCCAAUUUGCUUAGAAGAAUAUGACAUAGACAACCCGAAGUUACUCACGAAAUGUGGCCACGAUUUUCAUCUCGCUUGCAUUCUUGAAUGGAUGGAAAGAAGUGAGGCUUGUCCAGUUUGUGACAAGGAAUUGGUACUCACUGAGUCAUAAUCAAGACAUAGA